AUGAAAGUAUGUGUGCUGGGCGAUCAGCAGCACUGUGAUGAGGCUAACACAUGUGGCAUACCAUGCAUGAAUGCAGACGAUCUGAAGAAAUUGAACAAAAACAAGAAGCUCAUCAAGAAGCUGGCGAAGGGCUAUGAUGCAUUUCUGGCAUCGGAAGCUUUGAUCAAACAGAUUCCGCGCAUUCUUGGACCGGGACUGAACAAGGCCGGCAAGUUCCCGAGUGUCGUCUCUCAUUCGGAGUCGCUAGCGGCCAAAGUUGAAGAGAUCCGUUCGACAAUCAAAUUUCAGAUGAAAAAGGUUAGCGCUUACAGAAUUAUUCGGCAUUAA